AUGGCCGCUCUACCUUCGGCGCCUGAAAUUGUCCGGGGCCAAGUUUUUGAUGUCGGGCCACGGUAUACGAAUCUAACGUACAUAGGAGAAGGGGCAUAUGGAAUGGUUUGGUAAGCGAACUAUAUCAGAUCUCACUCUAUGAACGUUCAAUGAUGCUGAAUAGCCUUUGUGGCGUGACUGUCGAGUUCGAUUUUGCACGUCCGAGACUCAAAAUAUUCUUGUUCUUUUUCUUCUACAUGAAGCUCUGCGGUGGACAACCUUACCGGACCCAGGGUAGCCAUCAAGAAGAUCAGCCCUUUUGAGCACCAAACGUACUGUCAGAGGACACUAAGGGAAAUCAAGAUUUUAAAGCGAUUUAAACAUGAAAAUGUAAGCGCAUAUAUACGUACGUACCGCUAAGAACAGAUCGAUACUUGAGACGAAAAUAUGUCAUGAAUUCCACUGAAUAUCUUUACAACUUGGCCUUUACCUCCUUUCCGUUGUACAUCACGGAAUUAUUUCCCUACACAAAUAUGUAUUUUUGCUGAUAUGGCUGUUGAUUUGAGCUAUUUUUUCUUUCAGAUUAUUAACAUAAUGGAUAUUUUACGUGCUCCGAACAUCAACGAUAUGAAAGACGUGUAUCCUUUGAAAACACUCUGGUAACAACAACCAUAUUGCUUAGGCUUAGUUCUUGUUGUUGCUCAAUAUCUGUAAAUUCGCGAAUUUCCUGUUUGAGUUCGUUUUAUGACAAAUUACCAGUGUUCGAACAUCGCUACAACUUUUGGACAGCUCGUGGAAGAAACGUGCAUGUUCAUUUCAGAAAUCACAAAAUACGGUUUUGCUGAAGGAAAGCGAGAAGUUUGUGGGAGAAUUAUAACAUUUAACACUGAAUUAAAGUGUUGUUGCUCACGCAAAAUAUUUCAUGUUUGUGAAAUUACUUCUGUCUGUCCAAAUUUUCUCUUGGUUACUGUAUGUUACUAUACCCUACGGGCAAAAAUAUUCAAGUCGCGACAGCUUGUUUUGCCGUUGUAUUCCAAUGUAUUAAAGCUUUAUUUUUCUUAAUUUAGCAAACUGCCCGGCUGUUCGCAGGGACACAGCUGUCGCUUUCUAUCGCCACAUUUUUUACAUUUUUAAAAGUUCUUGAAAGCUGCCUGACAAAAGUUCCAAUAUACGCUUUUGAAACAUAGUUACCAGUUUUUACUGCAUUUCGAACACGGCGUUACACUUCGACGUCUUUUGAGUAACGUAAUUGUUUACAUUGCCUUUAUGUCAUAAUAGAGAGUUGUUUACGGUGACUUAUAACAUUCCAAAAAUACCACAACUUCAAUGUUGCAGAUGGGACAUGGCCUUUUAGGUUUUUCCUGUACAUCAGUUCUGAUCAUUAUUUUAAUACUAAAAAUACAUGUAUCACAAAGCGUCGCACAUGGCAAAUGAAGAAAAACCAAGACCAAAAAAAAACAAAACGAACAAAAUAAAAACAGAUAAAGAAACAAGCAAAACAGGAAAAAGUAACGGCAUAACUGAGAGUGGGAUCCAGGUUUCUUGCUUACCUGCAAAUACAUAUGUCUCAAAUAAAAAUAGUAUAUUUGUAUUUUUCAUUGGAAAUUCUACUGUUGAACACUGUUUACGCAGGUUGAGCCGCUUUAAAGAUAAAUUCAUAGGUAUAUUUGUGGAAAAUAAGCAGGGUUUGAGCUAAACUUACUUGAAAGCUGAACCAAAAAGACACUUCUCAUUACAUUUGAAGAACAUAUGGCUUAUAUGGACCUGAUAGAGACACAAAUCAGUCUUCUGUUACCUCAAAAAGGUUGCUCUUAUAAUGAAGCAAAUGGACCAAAUCGAUUGCAUUUUCUCUUAAAAGUAGUUUCUGCAUUUGAAAUUCAUCACUAUGAGCAUUUGCUGAUUGCUAACACAAUUGGAAACAACCUGGCUAACUUUGUUGUGGUUUUGUGUACUGACAGUUUGUUUCUAGGUAGCUAUGGAAACCAGGCAGAUACAGUCAUACAUGUAUACCCAACUUAUGUUUCUGUCUCGCUAAUGAUCAUGUGCAUUCCACACAUAGUGCCAAUUAUGACAAAAAUUAUAAACUUUGCUUUGCGGUGAACAAACUCGUCUAUUUAAAUUCUUUGUGCUCUAUUUACAGUUCAAGACCAGACAAGACAAGACAAUAUUUUAUUUGGGGUCUUAUACCAGCUGGUUUCCAAAUAAUUUCAAAUUGCAAUCUUUUUUGCAAAGUUAUACAUAUGCAAAGAACAAAACAAUGCAAAUCUCAAGUCUCAAUAUCAAAAUCUCAAUGUUAAUUCAAACAUGGGACAUUAGUAAGCCUAAAAAGAAGGCUUCUUACAAUAAUUUACAUGUAUCCAUAAUAAUAAUAGUAAUAAUAAUAAUAAUAGUAAUACAAUUGUAUUUAGAUGAAUAAAAUUAAUUAACUAUGCUAAUUACCAACUUGGCAGACUAACGAGAGCAGAGUUUGCAGUGGCAUUUGUCCUGGCCCAAGUUAAAUUCUUUGAACUUGUCAAUGAAUUCUUAAGAUCACAGUCCUCCCUAACGUGAGGAGGAAGAGUGCUCCAGAGAUGGUACGCAAAGGAGAAAGAUUUGUGCUUGAAAGAAGUAUUAGGGGCCUGCUGAUUAAGUCUGCUACUACUACCAAUAAGAUUGUUCUCACAGAUUUUCAUACUAAACAUAUUACUCACAUAAUUAGGAUGGCCUUUGAACAUAAGUAUGAGAGCUUGGACUAGACUAGAGUCUAAGUUAUACUAGGACAGGAUCUCUUUGUAGCAGAUAGACUUCGAUUUACAUGAAGCACUGCCUAAAAUUUAAUAGUAUGCCGUAUGUACUCCUCAAGUAGGCAUUACCCCCAAUUAAGCACAACCCUCAAAUAAGCACCGCAGUUGCUAGGAAAAAGUUAAAAUUGUUAAAGGGCUGCCCCCAAAUAAGUGCCAUGGCUCUUAUAUAAUCAAAGUGAAAAGACUGUUAGUUUAAUACAGAAAAUAAUAACACCAUAUUUAAUACAAUUCUUUGCCAUGUGCAACUUUCAAAUAAGCGCUGCCCUCAAGUAAGUGCCACACUUGAAUAAGCUCUGUAAUAAGUCCUGGUAUUUCCCCCACAAUUGCAGUGGGGACAAUAAACUUCUUCAUAAAAACAAUUUUUACUUGAAGACAUGUUCUUCCUUGACAAGGGGUGUAGGUACAUUGUUCAGAGUCUGAUGGAGACAGAUCUUUACAAGCUUUUGAAGACGCAAAAGCUUAGUAAUGACCACAUAUGUUACUUUUUGUACCAAAUCCUAAGAGGACUAAAAUACAUCCACUCUGCUAAUGUGCUUCAUCGGGAUUUGAAGCCCAGCAAUUUGCUACUGAACACAACAUGUGAUUUGAAGGUGGGUGUUGUUAAGCAGUGAUUUUGUUACCCCUGCAUCAUGCGUCCCUGGUGCAUGAAAAUUCUCAAGGACAUGGAAUAAUUGACAGCUUGCAUCUUUUGGGAGGCAACGAUCGGUUUGAUUGAUCUAAAGAUUUUUUUGAAGAAUGUCCUGCUUGUGCGAUUCUAAAUACAUAUUGAAAGCUACCUCAAAACAAAAGAGUGAUAUCGUCUGCUUGUAAAAUAGGUUAAGAACAAUUUUUGAACAAAUAGAUAGAAUUAGAAAUGUUAUCUCCACGCAAAUUAUCCGAUAAGAUUUUUUCAAAAGCGCAGGGUUGUGGCUAAGAUUUCAAGUUGCUGGGUAAAUACAACAAGUAGGCAGGGAAUCAAACAGCUAGGAACUUCUUUUGGUUCUAUUUUUCUUUUCUUUUCCUUUGAAAGUCGCUCGGGAAGACGUUCAUAGUAGCCGGGGGAAAUCCCCGGUCCCGGCCUCUUAAUGACAGCCCUGAAAGUGGCCAUUUUUAUUUACCUGGUGGAGUGGUUGCUCAUUAUGUUUGCCAUAUAUGAAAAGCACAUGGCUGAACCAAGAUGGCUGACAGUGUGUUUCAUAGUAUGGUAAAGCUUUCGUCUAACUGAUUCUAAGCUUACAAUACAAUACAAUACAAUGUUCUUUAUUUUGAGAGGGUAGAUAUACAUGAUUAACCCAGUUAAGAGUUUUCUAACACAUGGCCCUCAAGGGAUUGUUAACAUUAAUGUGGAAAUAAGAAAAUGUCCUGUAAAGUACCCUCUGUAUGUUUGGUGAUCAGUUUGGUGUUUCCUCGGAUGUUUUGUUAGCUCAAGAGAAAACAAAGUACAUCUACAGCUGUAGCCCUACAUGGGUUUGUCUAGUUUUAAGUGUUUAGAAAGUUUAUUAUUAUUUUCCAUCAGAGCGAUAGCACCAACAACUUUGAAAUUUAUUAUUCAUUCCUUGUUUUUGUAUUUGUGAAAUGUAUUGUUAUUGUCAUUAUUAUUAUUAUUAUUAUUUUAUCUCUUCAGAUUUGUGAUUUUGGAUUAGCACGCGUUGCAGACCCUGAACAUGAUCACAAAGGGAUCUUGACUGAGUAUGUUGCAACAAGAUGGUAUAGAGCCCCUGAAAUUAUGCUCAAUUCCAAAGGAUACAGCAAAGCAAUUGACAUCUGGUCUGUAGGCUGUAUUCUGGCUGAGAUGUUGUCUAACCGUCCACUUUUUCCUGGAAAACACUGUAUCUUUGAAAUAGUGGCUAAUAUAUGUCUGUUUUUUAGCAUAUCAGUGCGGUGCCCCAAGCUCAACAUUUUUCGAACUUUUUCGCCUUUUGGAUUAUUCCACAAAUUGCUCAAAAUAAUCGAAGUGGCUGCUCAACCAUGUGUAAAGCUAUAAAGCUUGGAGGUGCAUGCAACCGCUUAAAGCCUAUAAUUACUGGACCACGUGUACCACAGUGAAACAGGCAAAUUAUGACAAAAAUAUCUUUUUACAAUAUACAAAGAUCAUAAACACUUAACCAAUAAAAACACCAUAGUUUGGGACACCACUGUCAAGCACAGGUUACUGCAUCAAGGCAACUUUCAAAAUUCACUGCAAUUUGAGAUAUCAAAAUUUUUCUUACUCUCCAGGGUUAUAAAAUGGUCACAGUUUGGACUACUGCAGUAGCAGUGACUCUUUUCAAGGGUUUCUGAAGCAGUUGUUAAAGUUAGCUGAAGUAGGCAGCACUUGAUUUAACAAAAUGUUAGCCAAACAAAAUACCACAAUACUUUUUGAUUUUUUUUGUUUUGAAGUACCGGUAAUUAAAGGAAACUUUAAGCAUUAAAAAAUAUAACAAAAGACAUCGGAACUAAUCCUUUUUUCAAGCCAGCACUUGAACUUUUGCAUUCAUACAUGAAAAUGUUUGCAUUAGGCAAAUAUUGUGUAAAAGAUGAUGCUUGCAUGUGCAGUAGCAUUAGCAGCUUAUGCCAAGAUUACCCUGAAUAGAUGGCUAAACCUGGGUAUUAAAGAGUAUCAUGGUAAUUCCAGAAAGUCCUAUUAAUUUACCAGCCAUUCUCUAAAGCAGCCUUGGCCUGCUAAAUACUGAUAAGACACAGGCUACAUUUUGUACAGAAGCAGUCUCGAAAAUCUCCCUUGACAUGUUGGUCAGAUCUUGAUCAGCUGAAUCACAUCUUGGGGGUUUUAGGAUCUCCUACCCAAGAUGAUUUGCAAAGCAUCAUGAACGAAAAGGUAAAAAGAAGCAAAAUCCUUUUGUCUUUCAGUCAUUUAAUCUUAUAAAUAUUUUGCAUUUUGCUUACAGAAAAAGGACUUGAUGAAUUCCAGCUUGUCUUUACAAGAAGCUUCUCUUAGUUUUUCUCUUGACUAGGGCCCUAAUGCACCCUUGUUAGUGUUUAUGAACUAUUUUGAAGUUGACUUGCUUGGGCCCUUGCCCAUUGGCCAAGUGAGCAUGAAAAAAGGAAAAUAAGGAAAGGGGAAAAUCUACUUGGCCCAGAUGACUGGAUGGUAAUGUUGGGAAUCUGCUGAGAUACAAGAUGGUGUAUUUUAUUGAUCUUUGGAAGUACCGUCGACUCUUGCUGACUUGAAACUCGCACUAACUCGAAUCAAACUCAAUUUCCCCUGGAUUUCCUUCAUACGUUUACUGUAAUUUUACCUUCGGUAACUCGAACCCUCGAUAACUCAAACCUCCCGCUAACUUGAAGUACCGGUAAUUGUGGUUUCCCCUCAGAUCAUUUCUACAUGUAUAUAUUUUUACCCCUGAUAACUCAAACCAUGUUUUGAGUGCUUAUAAAGUUGGGGGAAAACAGUGUACAGCUGGCGUGUGAAAGAUUGGCUUUUGAAUUUCCAAUUGACGUGUUGUAGGCAUCUAGUUUACUUGUGAAGGCAGGUGUUGUUUGUCACAAAUCUAACGUGAACAGCUUAAUUACUUCUCAAAACAGUAAAAUGGAUGCUCUAUUUGGUCUAUAUUUUGUUACAUUACAUUCUGAUUUAUAAUCUAAAAGUCUCUUUCAAUUUUCAGUUAACAUUUCUACAAGUAAUUGUGAUUAAAAUGUUCACUGUACGGCAAACAAUGUUUUUUUCUUACUUUUGGCUAUUUUCUUUGAGCUGCCAAUAACUUGAACUCCCGAUAACUCAGACUUUUUUUUGAUUUCCCUUGAAGGCUCGAGUUAUCGCGAGUUGACUGUAAUUGGAUUAGCACGCUCGAUCGUUCUUGAUGAUUGAUCAAACCAGUUAUUGGAAAAUUUUCUUUAUAAGAAUUCCAUUUAUUUUUCAGCCUUGUGCACGUCAAACUGCCAAGCUCUGAAUUUUUUCUGUGCUUUCGGGAAAAUUCUCUUUCUUCUUUAAUAGGUCAUUUGCAUGAUUGCAUCAUUUAACUACUACAACCAGAAUCCUUUUUGUUUUUCCCUCCAUACUUAAAUUUGGUAAUCCCAGCAAUGAAUAAAUAGCAAAAGCCCUAAUUUGCAAAAGAAAGCAAAACCCAGAAGGAUUCUAGUCAUAAUAGUAAAAUGACAUCAUUGGCAAAUCAGAGCUGUCAUUAAGGGCCAUAACGCGUAACACCUGUUAUGUCUGAGCUGACUUGAUGUCACAGGUGAUCAAAGUGGAAAGCUAAAGGUGGCACUAUAAAUCUUUGGGAGAUGUUACGGGUGAAUCUUCAUGUGCUACGGUUGCUUCAAAACUUAAUGACAGCCCUGCAAAUGGCCUAUCAUGAGAACAUUAAAAAUAUAACACACAAGUAUUUCCCAUUAUUUGUGAUUUGCCAACAAGAGUUUUUUUUCUGCAUUAAUCAUUUGAACAUUUUCCAUAAUUGGUUUUUGCAUCACUUAAAGAGACCCUGGACUUCGCUGAAAUUAAUACUGCAUGACAAAAAUUAAAAUCUUCAUGUUUUAAUGUUUGUACUGCUUAAACGUUUGAGUGAAGGUAGAGUGAUGGCAUCAGUUGUAAGUGUUUGUACAUGUUUACGACAAAGCCACUUAGUGCUUUUUGUUUAUCUUGAUGUCAUUAUGUUCUGCAGGCCCGCAGUUACAUUCAGUCAUUAGCCUACAAACCAACUGUCCCUUGGUCAAGAAUUUUUCCCAAUGCAGACCCAAAUGGUGAGAGAAGGCAUAUUGAUGUUAUCAUACUAUUCAGUUUCUUAGAGGACAGUCUACCGUGCGCCUUAUUUAUUGGCUUUCCAUCUUACUAUGUACAGUGGAACCUCGAUAUACACCUGUAACAAAGGGCCAAGGGACUGGCAAAAUUUGUUCACUGUAAUGAGGGUUUGUUAUAUCAAGGUCCUUUUUCAUAUAUUUUACUGUUACUGGGGCAAAAAAAAUAGUUUGUUAUACCAAGGACUUUGCUAUAGUAUUUUUAAAAUAUAAUAUUAUCGGGUUUCUACUGUACAGUGUACAUGGAUGUGCUUACAGAUGUGUCCAUCUUUACUGUACGUAGGGUGCAUCCUAGAUGGGUGUCCACCUUCUGUGGCUGCCCAUCAGGUAAACAAGUGUCCAGUUGACAAAGGUAUUUGCCUUAAAUGGUUGUCUCCCUCAAAAGGGUAUUCCUUAUGUGGGUGCCCAUCUUACGUGAGUGUAAUGUCUGUGCUUCAUGGGUGUCCCUGUUUUAUCAGGGUCUAUGUCAGAAAAGUAGUACAUAAUGUAUCUAUCAGUGACAAACUAAAAAGAAGUGUUUUUAUCUCCAUGUGGGGCCUCCUUUCAUGGGUAAUCGUUAAUAUACAUGGGUGACGAUUUUACAUGAUAGCAUGCUCUGAGAAUGUGCACUUGUACACGGCUGUAUCCUUGGAGGCAGUUCCUUUUAUCAAGGUUUUUUUAUUUUUUAUUUUUUUGUUCACAGCUCUAGAUCUUUUGGAUAAGAUGUUAACUUUCAACCCUGACAGGAGAAUUACAAUAGAGCAAGCUCUAGCUCAUCCCUAUUUGGAACAGUAUUACGACCCUGCAGAUGAGGUAUGUACGAUUCAGUGAAACCCUGUUGAUUAAAAAUCUGGUUAUACAGUUGAACCUCCAUUGAGUGGCCACCCUCAGGGUACUGGCAAGUAGCCGCUUAAUGGAGGUGGCUGCUCAAUAGAGGUUUGUCGUAAAUUAGCUUAAUCUUUAGCACAAAUAUCACUCUACUGUGAAACAAAUGCUUGAUAGGAGAAGCAUUACUGGUUUACAAUCGGUUGUCACCAUCUAUCUCGGAAUUUACAUGUAUUUUCUGUGGCCAUGGCCGCUUAAUAGAGGUUUAAUUUCUCAUUCGUUACUACAAUUAUUUCGGGACUUUAAUUAGUGGCCACUUAUAGAGGGUGGCCGCUUAAAGGAGGUUCAACUGUAUAAAAGAAACAAGACACUUGUUUUCUGAUAAGAAAAGUGUCUGAAUGCAGUAUUUUAACGUUCGGUUUAAAAGAAUAAAAUUGUAGUCAUGAUAAUGAGGUGGCCACAUGAACUGGGUGAUAGUUUUCAGGGGGAAUUAGAAUUACAGAAGUACUAAAGACAAAUAAUUUAUUGUUUAAAUUAUUAAUAAAUUCAUAUGGAUUGAAAGCUGUUUUUAAAGCUGGUCUGAUACAAUGAAUCAAUACAAACUGACAUACACUAUACAUUUACUCUAACGGUCAUUUCAGCUAUAUUUGUAUUAACAAUAUUAUUAGUGUUUUGCUUUUGUAAGGGGAACCAUGAAGUAGUCAAAGUUAAAGUGUGAUCCUACACAUUAACUACAAAGUGCAGAUGUUAUUAUUCUUAUUGUUUUGACAGCCUGUUGCAGAGGAACCGUUUAGAUUUGAAACGGAGUUGGAUGAUCUUCCCAAGGAGAAACUUAAAGGUCUGUAUGUACAACUUGAUCAUUUUAAAAAUCAAGCAAUGAAACUGUGGUUGAAAUUAAUUAUUUGCAUU